ACGACGACCACAACUGAUCACUUUAUACUCUACAGUUCUGAGUUCUAGUAGUAUGUUGUAUGUACGAUCCACGACAUCGCAAGUACGAGUUGAGCAUAACGAUUUUUUUUUACUUUCGUUUGAUAAAUCGUAUUAUUUUCAAGCAGUUAGUUUCUGGUUAAGACUUGGUACACUGUUACAACAAUCAAUAAUUUAUAGACACGUAAAUACGUAAUCAUCUGGGAAGUGAUAAACAGGACGUCAUACUAUUACUGCUGAUUUUGAAACAACGGACGGACGGUCGGACGUCGGCGAUUGACCGAAUACACAGUGUUGAACCAAACGUUGAGAAAGGUGAACAAUAUUCUAUUUUUAAAUCAGAUCCACGCAUCUCUGAGAACGCGGUUAUCAACUUACAGCGUCGGUGUAAUAAUGUAUAGUACACCGACAGGAAGCACAGUGAACGAGUUAAGUACUUAAGUAGUUAAUCAUAUAUUUAUUAUAAUCCGCAAUCGACACUCCACGAUUAGCAUAGUCCAUAUUAUUGAUUAUUACAUAAUACAUAUUAAUAUUAAAUACUCGAUGUCUCGAUAUGAUUAGAAUUUCACCGCCAAAGGUGUAUACUGUACUUCUGUAGACCUACACAACCUACACGAUACGAAAUAACGAGUAUGACGAGUUUGUUGAACAUAACAUUAUAAUAUUAUUUACUGAAAUAUUUUAACCUUGGAUAGCAAGUUUUAUAAUACAAUUAUUAGUCAUCACUUGUUGAGUUUAUAGAUAACAGAAAUAAUCUCGGACAUAUCAACGUAAUUAGUAAUUAGUGAUAGUUUGAAAAAUACAUCAAAAUAUAAACAUAAACAGCUAUUAACCCAGAGAUUAAUAACAACUAAAGAACAACUUUAAAAUUUUUUCACAAUGUUUUCAAAUUGUGUAAUUACUAGAAACAUUCAGCAUAGUUGUAAAUUGUUAAUUGUUGGUGGAGGUUCUGGAGGAUGUACGAUGGCAGCUAAGCUCUCAAAAUAUGAACGUGAUGUGAUCAUACUGGAGCCAAAUGAUAAACACUACUAUCAACCUAUGUUCACAUUGAUUGGUGGUGGUAUAAAAACUAUUUCCCAGUCCCGUUCUUCAACAAAAUCAGUGAUUCCAAAAAAUGUAAAUUGGAUCCAGGACAAAGUCAAAAGUUUUAAUCCACAAGGAAAUAUUGUAACGAUAUCAAACGGAGACACAAUUAAUUAUGAUUAUAUGGUGGUGUCUGUUGGAUUGCAAUAUAAUUAUGAUCAAAUCAUUGGCUUAAGAGAAGCCCUUGAUAAAAAAGAUAGUGGAGUUUGUACUAACUAUUCAUCUCAAUAUGUGGAAAAAACUUAUCAAGUUUUGCAGAAUUUCAAUGGUGGAAAUGCAAUAUUUACAUUUCCUAAUACACCGAUUAAAUGUGCUGGAGCUCCUCAAAAAAUUAUGUAUAUUGCCGAAGACUAUUUAAGAAGAAAAGGUAAAAGAAACAAGGCGAAUAUUAUAUACAAAACGUCUACACCUGCAAUAUUUGGAGUUAAAAAAUAUGCACAGAAGUUACAGCAAAUAUGUAAUGCACGCAAUAUUUCUGUGGGCAAGAGACAAAAUUUAAUACAAAUAGAUUCUACCCAGAACAAAGCCACUUUUGAAUUUCUUGAUGUAGAAAAUAAAACUGAAUCACUAGAAUACUCUAUGCUUCAUGUAACUCCACCAAUGGGUCCACCAGAUGUUCUAAUGAAAUCCAGUCUCAGCAACAGUGCUGGGUAUUUAGAUGUUGAUCCUUAUACAUUAAGGCACAAUGUUUAUGGAAACAUAUUUGGAAUUGGAGAUUGUACGAGUUGUCCGACAUCAAAAACAGGAGCUGCAGUAGCAGCACAAAGUAUUGUUGUUCUUAAAAACAUGAUAAAUGUGAUGAAUGGUAAGGACAUCAGAGAAAAAUAUGAUGGAUACACAUCUUGUCCAUUAGUUACUGGAUAUAGCAAAUGCAUUCUAGCAGAAUUUGAUUAUGACCUUAAACCAUUAGAAACAUUUCCAAUAAACCAAGGGAAUGAAUUGCGCAUCAUGUUUUUAAUGAAGAAACACGCACUACCAUUUAUUUACUGGAAUAUAAUGCUUAAAGGUUAUUGGAACGGCCCUAAAAUUAUAAGGAAAAUCAUGCAUUUUGGUCUCGAUUAGAAUUAGAAAAAUAAUAAUGAUGUAGUAAAAUAACAAUACUUUUUAUGGGUAUAAUCAUUAUUAUAGACAUUAAGCAUUAAAUGCUAUAUAUUGUAGUGACAACAAAAUUAUUAUUAUUAAAUAAUACCAACCAUUUUAAACACUAUAAUUAAUUUAAUUAAUACCUAAUAGCUAUUAUUUAUCAUAUUAUGUAUUAAUACUUUAGAUUUUUAAUUAUUUGUAGUUUGUACAUUAAUUGCAUGAAUUAAUGUCUUAAUAGUCUAUAAUACUAAAUAUAAUAUUCCAAAUAAUUUGAUUCUGGAUAUUAAAAUAACAAUUGGGUAUCUAAUCUAAAAAAUAAUUAAAACUUGUAAAUAAGUAUACAGUGAGCAGUUUUACUAAUUUAAUGUUUAAGUAAUAAAAUAAAAAUAUUACCUGUGAUUUGAGUGUCAAUGAAAUGUGAUUUAUGACCAAACUCAGAAGUAUCUAGUAUUGUAUCAUUAAAAUCUGCUAAAUUAUUAUUUUCAGUUUGGGAUAUUUCAUCAUCUAUGAAAUAUUUAACAUUUUUAAUUGUUACUUACUUCAAAACUACUAUUUUAAAAUAAUAUGUAAUAUAUAUUUACUAUUGUUGUUGUAUAAAAUGUCUUCAUUAUUAGCUUCAAUUACAAGUUGAACUAAUCCAUCAAUUUCAUCAGAAACGACAACAUGGUCUUCAAUCAAAUGGCACUGAAAUUUAAAAUAAAUAAGCUAAACGUGUUUAUAAUAUUAACCUAUUAAUUAUAUUCCAAAUGUGAAAUUAAAGUAAAUUUCAUAUAUCAGCAAAAAUAAAAUAAUUUGUAGUAAGAAAAAUAGUACAUUUCUACUUUACGGGACACCUUUUUUUUGCAAUUUUUCUUUUUGAAACGGAUGCAGUUGAGUACUUAAGUAGGUAUACUGAAAACGAUGGUGAAGUCAGAAUUUGAUGCUCGGGCAUAGAUUCAAAGGUAGAAUAUAAAGCGUAGGGAAAAUAAUAAGAGUGGAUAUACGGCUGUUAUCCUGUGACCAACUUGAGGUGGUGUUGCAAAUAGCAAGUCGAGGGAUAUUUUUGAUUAAUAUAAUUAGUUAAUAUUUUCGAUAUUGUCCGAGCACAGCGGGCAUCACUGGCGUCCCCGACAAAAAAAGGCCCUAAUAAGGGUGUCUCGUAAAGUAGAAAAGUUCCGAAAAAAUCACAGAAGUUUUUAAUUUAUACCUACGUUGUUUUACGAGAGAUUAAAAAAAAAGUUAAUUUAUUUUGUAUGAACAAUACCUAACCAAGUCUUAAUCCAGAAUAUUAUUCCUUUUAUAAAAAUAAAAUAUUUUAGUAAAUGUAGGUAUUUCAGAAAUUUUGUAAGUAUAUAUUAUCAAACAUUUACUUAAAUAAUUUACAUAAAAUAAUUUUUAUAUUGUUUUAAUAAGAUUAACGUAUAUAAUUGAAACACUAAAAUAGUGAUUUUUGAUGAUAA